GUAAAUAUGACAACAGCGCAUUGACAAUGAAUCAUUUCUUGCAACAAAAGUUAACCUUCAAAAAAUAUAUUUGUGUCAAACAACUUGUUUAUGAUAAUAAAAGAUAAUUUUGAGAAUUAUGAGUUUAGAAUUUCAUAUUUAACGAAUAUUAAAUAAUUUUGCAAGAUGAUGGAGGCAGACGCCUCUUCGGUUAAAAGAGAUGAACCACCUGCUAAAGUGACUAAAUUUAGGAAUGUCAUGUCUAUUAAUAAUUCCGAUAGUGAAGAAGAUAUUCAUGCAAUAAUUGUUAAUAAUUCUGAGGAUAGUAAUUUGCUGUCCUCUGUUCGAAGAAGGGUUCAGAUCAGUUCAGAAAAAGUGAGGACUGGGUCACUCAAUGUGUUAUCUGCCAAAUAUGAAAGUUUGGAUUAUGACACAUGUGAAAAUCAUCUCCUCUUAGAUGAAGAAAGGAAAAAAGGUUACAAAUUUAUAGUUCGAAAAUCCAUAUCAAGAUGGUUUAUAUUUUUACUAAUUGGAAUGUUCACAGCUUUAAUAGCAUGUAUUAUAGAUAUAUCCAUAGAAGAACUGUCAACUAUUAAGUAUGCAUCAUUAAGUAAAAAUGUGGAUAAAUAUGUAACCCAAGGAAAACUAUACAUACCAUAUGGAUUAUGGGUUCUUUAUAAUGUUGUCCCUGUUUUGAUUGGUUCACUAUUGGUAGCUUAUGGAGAACCAAUAGCUGCAGGUAGUGGUAUACCUCAAGUAAAAUGUUACCUUAAUGGAGUCAAGAUACCUAGAGUGGUUAGAAUCAAAACUUUGGUUGUCAAGAGCAUUGGAGUAAUAUGUUCUGUUGUUGGCGGUUUAGCUGGAGGAAAAGAAGGACCUAUGAUACAUUCAGGGGCCGUAGUUGCCGCGGGUAUAUCACAGGGAAAAACAAGCACAUUCAAAAAAGAUUUCAACGUAUUCAAAUUUUUCCGAGAAGACCAUGAAAAACGGGACUUUGUUUCAGGAGGUGCAGCAGCUGGUGUCUCGGCGGCUUUUGGGGCUCCAGUUGGUGGUGUUUUAUUCAGUUUAGAAGAAGGUACAAGUUUUUGGAACCAGAGUUUAACCUGGCGAACGUUUUUUGCCUCGGUAGUAUCAACAUUUACUCUUAAUGUGGUUUUAUCAGCCUAUCAUGGAGUUCCUGGUAAUUUGAACUACCCCGGCCUGUUGAAUUUAGGAAAAUUUGAUGGUUUCACAUACGAAUUUUUCGAGUUACCGAUUUUCUUAGUUAUGGGAGCAUUUGGUGGAUUAUGUGGAGCUUUAUGGAAUCAUAUCAAUUAUAAAAUUACUGUGUUUAGAAUGAGGUACCUUAGACUUCGAUGGCUAAAAGUUAUUGAAGCUUGUAUUGUAGCAGCAGUCAGUGCUACAGUGGGAUUUUUAAUGAUGUUUUUGAUCAACGACUGCAAACCCUUUGGUCAAGAUCCCACCAAAUAUCCAACUCAGCUUUAUUGUGAAGACGGACAAUACAACGUUUUGGCUAGCAUUUGGUUUCAGACCCCUGAAGCAUCAGUAAGAUCCUUAUUUCACGAUCCUGCAAAUACUCAUAAUGCUGUUUCGUUAACGUCUUUUGUAAUCAUUUACUUCUUCUUAGCUGUAUGGACAUUUGGGUUGUCAACGUCAAACGGACUGUUCAUACCUACUUUAUUAACAGGAGCUGCUUGGGGUCGACUUGUAUCGAUAGGAAUUUUCAACGUAUUUCCCAAUACGGCAAUUGUUCACCCUGGUAAAUAUGCUUUAAUUGGAGCUGCAGCACAAUUGGGAGGUGUAGUUCGCAUGACGAUCAGUUUGACUGUGAUAAUAAUGGAAACAACUGGUAAUAUAACAUUUGCCUUACCACUUAUAAUAACCCUCAUAGCUGCGAAAUGGACUGGAGAUUACUUCAAUGAGGGUAUUUAUGACAUACUCAUUCAAUUGUGGGGGAUCCCGCUUCUACCUUGGGAACCCCCACCGUUAGUGUACAAUAUAUAUGCUAGCGAGGUUAUGUCUCAUCCAGUUGUUACUUUAAAAUGCGUAGAAAAUGUUGGCCACAUUGUGGAGCUCUUGAAAUUAACCACUUAUAAUGGAUUUCCUGUAGUGGAUCCACCACUGACUGAUCAGAGUGAAGUUACCACUUACGGUCGAAUUAGAGGCUUAAUUUUAAGGUCGCAACUUAUUGUGAUAUUAAAAAGGAAAAUUUUUAAUGAAACUUCUGAUGAUUGGGACAAUAUAAACGUUUCUAUUUUCAGAAACGAAUAUCCCAGAUAUCCAACCAUCGAGGAUCUAUUUAUUGCCGAUGUAGAAAAGACUUAUUCUAUUGAUCUCAGACCUUUUAUGAAUCCAUCGCCCUACACUGUAUUACACUCCUCAUCCCUUCCAAGGAUGUUUAGACUAUUUAGAGGACUUGGUUUACGACAUUUACCAAUAGUUAAUGAUUCUAAUGAGGUAGUAGGAAUGGUUACGAGGAAGGAUUUGGCACGCUACAGAAUAUGGAGUCAUAGAGGCCACAUAGGUGUUGAAGAAUUAUUGAUUUCCAAAGAAAUAUAGAAGUAAUUCUAGGCUGUUUUAACAAGUAUUACUAUUAGAAAAAUAUUUUUAUAAUCCGUACAUAUUUAUUUAUAUUUUAAUGUAAUUCUAGAAAACGGUGUCAUCACAUAGCGUCCGAAAUAGUACAUGACGUCAUAUAACGUUGCAAAAAAUUCGGUAAGCAUUUCGGUGGAACUAUCUAGAUGUAAAUUGCGAGCGCGUGGGUAGAUGUAUUUUUACGUUUAUAUUAAAUUUAAAUAAAAAAUGUACACUGUACCGACACCGUCUAAAAACGUUGGUCAAAUUGUUUUAAGUCGUUAUUGUUCACCGCUACUAUUUUAAAUUACGCUCUCUUGGAAACCAGUUUGACUGCACUGCAUGGAAUUUUUUUCUGACCCACUGCAUUAUUACGGACGCUGUACGUAUGUCGUCUUAUUCAACUAACUGUUGCGUAGCAACUUUGGGAUCGAUGUUGUAUAAUAAUAUUAAUAAUAUAAUAUAUUAUACCAGCAAAAAAUUACACAGUAUCCGUUCGUUCUUUUACAUCAAUUUAUCAAUGAUAAACUAACAGCCAUCAGUUUUAAUCCUCGAUGGUUUCAAUAUAUGGUUUUUCCUAUUAGAUGUGACAACUGACAAUUCAUAAAUUAAUUGAUUUGUUCGAUUGUAAGAAAAACGAAAAUAUAAGCUUUAAGAAAAACAUACUUUUAAAUUAAGGGACGGACAUUAAAAUUCUUAACACAAAUUGUAACCAGCAACAGAACUGUGAACUGUUAUUUCUGUCAACUAUCAACCACAAAUAAGACGAAUCUAACACAAGCUGUUAACGAUCGCACCGGUGAAACAGCGAUUCCAACAAAUUUAUGGAAAAAAGGGCACACGAUAUGUGACGAUACCGCUUUCUUAGAAACCAAAUCUUAAGUGUUUGUACUUUCUUUAAGGGACUAUGGUUCUUUUGGUCUUAAAUUCGAUAAUUUUUGGGCCUUAAAGGAGAUGUAUCAAUUCAUGCCUUUUUGUCACAAUUAAUUCGACCAAAACGAAUCCAAACCUGAUAUUAAAGUCAACAUAUGAUGAUUCUAAAAAUUUACAAAUAAUCUAACAAUAUUAUCAAAUUCUUUAAUAUAUUAUGUGAUAAUGUUAGUAGACAAAAUUAUCUACGGACCAGUGAACUUGUAUUGUAAUACUUAUGAUACAAAAAUUGUUUUUUAUACAAGUCGCGACUAGUACACAAAAGCACUUCACACACGUGUCAUACAACAUUUUAUCUACGACCACAUUUGAAACAACCAAAUACGAAAUCUUUAAACCAUUCAAUGUGAAAUUAUGAUUUGUUUAAUCUGGAACAACAAAGGUAUUAAGUAUACGGGUGUUUUAAAAAAAAGUGGCCCCGUGGCUAGGUUAAGUAGAGUACUGAAAAAUGAGUGGGGGUUAGUAUAAAAUUGUAACGGCAUCCGUUUUCGAGAUACAGAGGCUGUUGAAAUUUCAAGAUUUUUUGUUUUUUCUUUAUAGCUCCUGCAGUUUUUGAAAUGUUUAGCUCAAAUUUGGAAUCUAGGUUUCACUGUAGGGCUUACAUCAUUGAACAUGCCAAAUGUUUGUGAGAAUCUACAAUGAAAUAUUUGUUGAGGGGUCAUGUCACUUUUUCUUCCCCUGUACUUUUUUGCAGUGCGUUACUGGUAUAAUAUGAUAUAAAAAAUUAAUUAUCUGCUUUGUUUAGAAACUUUUUCGUCUCUUGUAGUGUUUUAUAUCUGCGACCGUUAUCGAUAAAAAAAAUAAAUAAAAAAAAGUCGUUUGUUUCUAAUUCGCUAAAUGGAAGUAAAAUUAUCUAGAAGGCUCUGGCUUUUUUGUGGGUAAUUAGGUAUUCCAACGACCUGUCAAACUGCUGACAAGUGGGAACUGACAUUUAGAUAUGGCAACCCUGUUGUCAUUGACGGGAUCAAUGCUACAUAUAUAGUUAUAUAGAUUGCUCAAAGCGGGUCGUUUACGAGCGGCCAUAUUGCCUCGCAAAUGCUCAUUAAUUAGAAUCCAUUUUGCAAAAAUGUGUUUACAAACCAAUAUUUAGCCUUUGAAUAUAGUAAGAAAAUAAUCCCCUAUAUUUUUACUUCAAGGCAUAAGCUUAUGUUUAUUUUGAAAAAUAUGGAUGAUCAGUCUAUGUAACUAUAUCUAUUUCAUUGACCUUGUCAAAUCACCAGGCCUACAGGUUUGCCCAUGGUAUAAAAGGUUUGCCAUUCGAUCAUGUAUUAGGAUAUAUUCGCCUUACCUGUGGAAGUAAUGGGUUUAAUGAUUAUCUAGACGGGGAGAGAGGAAAGGUACACAAACGGAAAACAUGGCAGUGCUGUACCGUAUGGAAGGGGUCAUAUAUUGUUAAUUACUAUAAAAUGCUAGAUGAAAGCGGAUGGACAUGAUUUUAAAAAUAUUUUUUUAUAGCAUAUAUUUUUAACUUUCAAUGUAAGAAUAGUAUUUUACAGGCUUGUCAUUUUGUAUAUUAUUUACUCAAUUUUAUAGGAUUAGUAAUUGUGUACUUUAAACAAUUUGUAUACAUUUUGAGUAAAUAUACCUACUAUAAAGCUUGACUGAUGAAGGAAAAAAAAUAGAAAAAUAUUGUGAAGAACCCGUUUUAUAUGUGAAGCAAGAAUAUUAUACAUAUUUCUGACUACAUACCUUCCUUUAUGAAAUAAAAUAAAGACCAAUUAAAGCAUUUUAUUUAUCAACUAAAAAUAGUUUUACAAAAUACGGAGAUUAAUGAACUUUAUUAUUUACAAAGUACUGUAGCAAUAUUUUGCCGUACACAAGUUAGAGGAAACAGAAGAAAUAAUGGCAUUGUGUUUGUUCUCUAUUUUAACAAUUGUGACAAUGCAUGAAGUGGUGUGACUAAUUUAAAAUGGGUACCAUCAAUUGAAAUUUUCUGAUAUUUUUAAAUACCUAUAAUAAGAAUUCCUUAUUUAAAAUGGUUUCAUUUGGAUAGAUGGCUAUUUUUUAGAAAUUUAAAUGCAAACCUACAAUAAAUAGGUAAAUUUUAUUUAAAAAUUAAG